AUGAAAAGUGUAAUUGUCAAAUAUUUGGAGAAAUUGUUGGAAGAGUAUAAAUAUUCUCUGAAGAGUUUCAUUCAAAAAGUAAGGAUGAAAAAUAAAAAACAUAAACUGAUAUAUGUUUUGCAGGAAUAUAAUGUCGAGUAUGAUAAUUUGAAUCUGAAACAUUUGAAAUGCCUUCAACAUAUCGAAUUCGAUGAUUGCGAUGUCUUGCAAAACGAUUUGAUGACAUUCGAGCAAAUCCUGAAAUGCAGAGAAAAAAUCAAUCUUCGAAGAACUGAAUUCACUUUUGAUCAAAUUAUUCAACUCAAAGCGCAUUGUAUCAAGAUUUCAGCAAAAGAUUUGACAAAUGAACAAAUCAAAAUCUAUUUGAAAAUGUGGGAAAAUGGAGAAAUCGAUGACAAUAUUGUUGAUAUUGAGAUUGAAUUGAAUGGAUUGAAAGUUUUGGAUCGUGAAUAUUAUAUUGAUGGAUUAUUGACAGUUUCCGAAAAUCAUGGAUAUUUCAAGUAAUUUUUUCCAGCUUUAUUUUUCGAAAUAUGUAGAUUAACUUUCAGAUUGACUAGAAUUCCUAAACCCUCAAUGAAUUAUUCAAAAAAAUGUGUUAUUACUUUUUGGUUCGACUGUGGUUGCCUUAUGAUUCAGCGAGAGUUCAUAAAUCUCACAAAGAACAUAUAAUUUUCAUUAAUAUUUAUAUUUGUUUCUCAAACUUUACUUUAUUGUUCAUGAUGUUGUUCACAAUUUGUAAAUAAAUGUUUUUAUUCUCAUCUCAUUUAAUAAUUGCCAAUUUUUUGUAACUCGUUUCUAUCGAUGUUCCUACUUUUGUUUUCAAACUUUUUCAUCUGUUUUCAAAAAUUUGUUUAGAGAAUGAAUGUGACAAAAGAGCAACUUUAUAGUUUUUCGCAUGCUCAACUUCUUGAAUAUACUUUGAAACUACGAGAAGAAAUCGAGAAAAAUGGAUAUGUUUAUGUUAGUUUUAUUUUUUUUUCAUAGAAAUUUUCAAAAAUUUUAAAAUUCAGCCGUAUUCUAAAUCAUGGUUUGAUUUACCUGCGGAAUUGCGAGAAAUGAUAAUCGAUGAAAUGGAUUCGAAAACUCGAUGCAAAUUCACAGAAUGUUCAAUGUUAUGUGAAAAAGAAGCAAAACAAUCGAGAAACUUUUUGUAUCGCAUUUUUCACAGUGUUUCGUAUAAUCCACGUGGAACUGGAGAUCCUCAAUUAUAUAUUGGAAUGACGAAUAUGACCAGUGAUUAUUACUAUAAAUUUGUUGAUGUCAAAGAUUCGCAACCUCCACAAACCACUGUUAUUUACAAAAAGUUAGUUUGUUGUGGUGAACAUCUGAUAAUAAAAAUUGUUUUUUUUCCAGAUAUGAUCCCCAGUUUUAUUUACCAAAUCGACCAAAACAACAAUUAUUGAAAUGGAAAAAAAUAGAGAAUGGAAAAGCCGAAGAAGUCAAACACAGAUAUUUGCAAUAUUAUUUGAAUACUUAUCAAAAUUCCAUCAAAAAUUUCACUUUGAACGUGAGAGAUUUCUGAAGAAAAACAUGAAUUGUUGAUUUUUCAGCGGGAUCUCGAGAACUUUGAAAACUUCAACGUGAAGAAUCUGAAAUAUUUGAAUAAUUUCACAAUUUAUGAUGAUAAACAAGUGGAUUUUCUGAAAAAUGGAGUUAUUUCAAUGAAUCAGGUUGAUUUUUGUAUUUAUAUUUAUGUAGAAAAAAUGUCAUAAAUAAUUUUUGAUUACAGAUAAUCUAUGCGGAAACGUUUUGUGCGGGCGGAACACAUUUAUCAUUCGAUGAAAUUCUGAAUUUGAAAGGCGAUAGUUAUACGGUGAAAUGCAAUGAAUUUUAUGACGUCAAUAACAUUAACAAGUACUUGAAAAUGUUGAAAAAUGGACAACUUCAUCAAAAUUUGCAUUUUAUGGAUAUUAAUUGGAAUUUUUGGAGAGAUUAUAAUCGAGCAAAAAUCACAAAAGGAUUGCAUAUUUACGAUCAUCAAUUUGAUGGUGAUAUUAGAUGGUAUGAAGGAACUUUUUAUAAAAGUUGAAAGUUUCACCAAGAAUAGUGCAUUUUUCAGCUAUUGCUUCAAAUUCAAAUUGGUCGAUCCAAAAAGAGAGAACAGUUAUGCCGAUGUUACUUUCAGCCAAACAUCGUUCUAUUUUGUGGUUUAUAAAAAUGAUGAGUAA